AUGUUGCGGCGUUUCCGAUUCGCUCGACUCGGAUCGCUCCCCAUCCAGCCACACGCCGCCCUCUCGCGCCUCUUUCCGCUACGAAAUGCUCCGCUCACAUUCCUGCACGCCCUUCCGCGGGAGCCCCCGCGCGCAUGUCCCUCUGAUGCGCGUCCGCGCCACCUCACGGUCGUGGCGGGGCGGCGGAACCACGGGGGGGGCGCGAUGAAGCAGCGCCCCAAGGACUGGCGCCCGCAGUCCACCCCCUUCCACGCGCGCAACCGCAGCCCCCGGCGAAACGAUCGCGCCGUUCCGCUGGGCCCGCGGGGCGGAAACGAGGGCGAUGGCGGAGACGGUUCCGCGGAGAGCGCAGGGCGGAUGCAGCGCGAUGUGGCGGAUCUGGGCGCGGAUUGGCGGCUGGGGCCGGGGGAAGCAGUGGGGAGAGUUAUGUCCGCUCAGGCCAACUUUGUACGCGUGAUUGUAACGAGAUGCGGAGUAGAAGAUGAGAGAGAGGGCAGCGAGGAGCGAGGAGAGGAGCCGGGCCGAAGCAAUAACGGUCAAUCACACCAAGGUGGGCAAAGAGAGAUUCCAAGGGAGGCCCCAAGGGGCACAGCAGAGGUGGCAGGGAUGGGCAUUCGAACUGACCAUCCCACUCCCCUUUUCUCUCUGCUUAUGCAUGGCACCCUCCCAUCUGUGCAGGUGGGCGAAAGGAGACGCCAGGGGGCGCAGCGGAGCAGCAACUGGGGGGGCAGACAAUGCAAUGGGCAUUCGAAUCGACCUCCCACACCCCCCCUCUGCCUCUCUGCUUAUGCAUGCGUCCCUCCCAUCUGUGCAGGUGGGGGAGGAGAGACGCCAAGGGGCGCAGCAGAGCAGAGGCGGCAGGGGGAGGGCGCGGAGGGGAGAGAGGGGAAAGAUGGUACGGAGAGAAGGGAUGGGAGGGAGGAGGAAAAAGGGGGGAGACAGGGGAGGGAGGAGGAGAGGGAGGGGGUUGAGUUGCUGUGUGUGGUGCGAGCACUGCUGAAGAAACUGAGGAGGAGGGUUCUAGUGGGGGACGUUGUAAGGCUAGGUGGGAUUGAUUGGGCUGCCCGCCAGGCUGUCGUUCAAGACGUUGCCCUGCCCCGGGCAUCUGAAAUUUUGGACCCGCCCGUGGCGAACGCGGACCACCUGCUGCUGCUUUUUUCGCUUGCCCAGCCGCCGCCCGAGCCGUCGAACGUGAGCCGGUUCCUGGUGGCUGCGGAGGCGACAGGUGUCGCCGUGUCAUUGGUGUUCAACAAGGCGGAUCUUGUGGAUGAGGAGGCAGUGCAGGAGUGGCAGCAGCGGGCAGCAGAGUGGGGUUACCAGAUGCUCACAUGCAGUGUGGAGCGGCGAAUCGGAAUACGCCACCUGGCAGGCCCAGGAGGCCUCUUGGCUGGUCGCACGACAGUGAUUGCCGGGCCUAGUGGGGUUGGCAAGUCCAGCCUUAUAAACGCUGUUCUUGGGGAGGCUUAUAACGGAGACGCUCAUAACAAGGAGGUUUGUGAUGCAGAUGGCUUGAAGGAGGGAGGGGAGGGAGAAGGUGGAGAGGCUAAAUUUGAGGAGUUGAGGGUUGGGGAGGUUUCAAAACGGAGUGGGAGGGGGCGACACACAACACGACACGUGGCCCUUGUGAAAAUACCAGAUGUGACUGUAGAGGGAGACUCUGCUGUGACAAUACCAGAUGUGACUAUAGGAGGCAUGAGUGCAAUGGUACAUGAUGUGACUAUAGAGGGAGACACGAGGGAGGCAGUGGGGGGAGUGAGAGUACAGGAAGAGGAUGCAGUUUGCGAUCACAGCAGCAGUGCGAGCAACAGUAGAAGUAGUGACAGAACUAACAGCAAUAGCAGUACCAGCAGCGAUCUAAGCAGCAGCAGCAGCGAUCUAAGCAGCAGCAGCAGCAGCAGCAGCAGUGGCGGGUUGCUAGCAGACUCACCAGGGUUCAGCCAGCCUUCCCUUGCCAACGUCACCUGCUCCGACCUUCCGAUGCUCUUCCCUGAGAUCCGCACUCGCCUUGCCACUUCCCCCACCUCCUGCGCAUUCGCCGACUGUCGCCACAUCAGCGAGCCCGGGUGCGCGGUGGACAGCGGUUGGGAGCGGUACCGGCACUACGUGAUGUUGAUGGACGAGAUCAGAGUGCGGGAAGCAGCGGAAAUCCGGGCCGUUGGUACGAAGAGGGAGGGGGAUGUGAGGUUGAAGAGUGGGGGGUAUGGGGUGGUGGUGGCAGAACCGAGACUAGAAGCAAAGAAGCACCGGAGGGAAUCGAGGAAGAAAGGGAAGCAGCUGCUGCUGCAACAACUGGCUGUGGAGGAAGAGGAGGAUGAGGAGGAGGAGAGACUGGGGUUUGCAGGUGGGUACGAGGGGAGUGAGAGGAGGCGGUGA